AUGGAGGCUUCGGUGGUGGAUCUGGUGUGGUCAGGGCAUGUGACGGUGGCUUGUGGCGAAGACUUUGUUGAACAUAUCAAGCGUUGGUUCACGUGCCUUAUGGACGCGAGAGUUGUUCUUGCGUUUCAGAUUUCACGUUUCAGAUUUAGGUUAUGCUCUUCUUGCUGGUGUGGGUGA